AUGUGUAAAUCAAGGUGCUUCCUUUUCCUAUUGUGGAGUAUUGUAGUGGUCACCUAUUGUAAAGAUGUUAAAAAGAAACCAAAAUGUGAAAUUGUAAAGCCAUAUCAGUCAGACUAUGUUAGUGCUGAUCUAACUAAACUGAUAAAAGGAAAAGGAUGUUCUACUAAUAAUACUACACCUAAUAAACAGGCUGUACAUGUGGUCAAUCUGAAGGUCAAAGAUGACCAGUUGACGGAUGGAAAAAGAACGAAAGUCAAUCUUCGUAUUGAACAAUUACAUUCACAAAAUAACGAUUUGGAUGUAUAUUAUGUUGAUUAUGGAAGACCACUUGUAUUUGUGUUAAAUUCGGAUAAACCUGUGAAAUGGAGAGUAGAAUUAUCAAGAAUUGGUCAGUCAGUCAAUAUCAAACAUCUAUUUGUGGUACCAAGUCAUUCAAGUAUUAGAUUUAAAAAGACAAUGAUUAGAGUACGAGGGAAGAAAAUGUCUCUGCAGAAUUAUGACAAUAAAACAGAUCUUGUUAGAUGGGCUAAGCGAAAAUAUAAAGCAGUAACAACAUAUAGUGAAGUUGAUGGUACCAAUCUGAUAUUUCGAGUUGGAAUAGAAAAGGAUGCUGGAAGUAAAUGUGAUUUGUCUCAGUUAGAAGAAAGUCAACAUAUAUUAACCUCACAUAAACUACAUCAAACUAUAACUGGUUGUACAACCCAGGGCAGAAAACAUUAUUUAACUAAACCAGUUUUUAUUAUUGAAUUAAAACAUGCACCUCAAUCUGAUAUACCUGAAUCUAUUGUGGACUUAGAUAUUACUUCCUUCAACAACGAACCUCUAAAUAAAGAUUUCUACCUCAUUCUAAAAUCACCUGCUAAUAUCAAGUGGAGAAUACGAAGUUGGAAGAUACAGGGUUCUAUUAACAUUGUGACGGAUGCUGAGUCAAAUUUAAAGGGUAUAAGAAUGCAGACAGUAGCAUCAAGACGAGAAGUCAUGUCUAGUUCUGGAGAGAAAUUGAUACAGUGGGCUGAGAAAUAUAUAGCUGCUGUGGAAUCAUAUACUGCAAUUGAUGUGGCAAAUAAAAUCAAACUUCAGCUAGGUUCAGAGAAAGAUGUGAGAGGUGGUCCAAUACAGCCUAAACCACCAACUAAUGAUGAUGAUUUACGUGAUAUAAUACAUACAGAUUGUUCUCGUGGACAGUUUACAGUUAUCUUUCCUAAUUAUCUCUUACAGGAAUGGGCUUUGGUUAAAGAGCAGAUAACUUUAUUAGAUCGAAGAUGUACAGCCAAACAGAAUUCAACACAUAUUAUAUUACAAUCAAGUUUAAAUGACUGUAUGACUAAACAUAUACAAGUUGAUGAUAAUUUAAGAUACUCUAAUGCUAUUGUUAUCCAUGCAGCUGUAGACACAGAUUCCUUUCUAGAAGAUCUUGGUAGCGGCUAUAUAGAACCAUCUGAUAUGUCUGGUGGUGGAAGUAAUGCUAAUACCUAUAUGGAUGAUGAAGAUUUUACAUCAAGGAAGGUAGAAAUAGAUGUGCAAUGUGAACAGCCUAAGGUGGAUAUCAAAACUGAGAAACCAGUAGUUAUGAUACCAGAUACUAAGGGUUAUAGAUUAGAAUUAUAUUCAUCUGAAUAUUAUAAUGAUGAUAUUACAACACCACCUAUUGAAAUCAAGAAUAAACAACGUAUUUAUAUUGAAGCUUCUAUUGCCAGUGAUAUACCAGUAAAGGUACAGGUUGAAGAUUGUUGGUUAAGUCCUAGUAAAUUAUCUGAGACAGACAAUAAAAUUGGUACUGAACAACAUCAACUUAUUACUCAUGGGUGUGCUAAGGAUCCAAAUAUUAAAUGGCAAAAUCUUAAUGCUGGUGGACAUGGUAAAAAGUUUGAACAUCUAAUGCCGUACAGUCGAUUCAGUUUCCCUAUUCGUGAUCAUUUUAAUGGACAAGAGACCUACUUGUAUUGUCAACUAUCUCAAUGUCAGAUGCAUUUCCUAGAUUCUAUCAACAUACCAAAGUGUCCAUCUUCAAGAGGACAAGAAAAAUGUAAUAAGCAUUUACCACCUGGUUUAAACACCCUCCCUAUACAUCAAACUGUCAAUUAUCAGUUAUUAUCAAUUGGACCUAUCUCUAUUAUAAAUACUGAUGAUAGUGAUAAUAGUAUAUCAGGUGAUCAAACUGGGUCAGGUGUAGAAGACAAUCAACAACCACAUAGUGUCAUUAUUGAAGGUUUGGAUUCAGCAACUGUGGUAGGAAUUGCGUUUGCUGCUUUUGCUAUUGGUAUUUUAUUAACAGGGACAUUAUGGUUUAUCCAUACACAUACAGGAUCGUCAAAACAUGUUCUAAGUUCUCAUGGUUCAACAGAAACUACUGGAGAAUUAUCACCAAAUACACAAGUACCAAUAUCUGCCUAGUUUACUCAUUUUACCUCAACAAAUCCUUAUAAAGCUCACGUUUCCACAACGUGCAGCAAUGCAAUUAUAUUUCGGAGAUACGGGUAGUUGUCUGCUGGUUUGUGAGAAACUGCUGAGAAACGAGGACAAACAGGCAGGCAAGACAGCAUUAACAGACAUAAUAUAAACUUUUUAUACCCCAUUCUAAACUUCUCUAAACAAAUAGCAACGCAAUUCUUACGCAGCAUAUAGUACCGUCUAAUGAAAUAACGGGUGCCAUUUUUAAAUACCAAAUUCAUGUGACAACAGACUACUAUGACCCAGUUUUAACUCAGGAGUUUUCGAUAUUAUAUUUUGGGUACUUUUUCUACGUUGUCUGACAAUGUUUAUGUGUUGUUUAAAGUAAAAAUAAUAAAAACAUGGUGAAAUAAGAAAGAAAAGAAAGUGUUACGUUUGUGAUAUGAAGGCAGCGUUGUUACAUUCUAUAAGGAUGUAUAAUAAGAAGUGAAGAUAAUACUGGUAUGAGAAGCUAGCACCAUGUUGUAACUAUAUCAUGUUUUAUAUUGUGAACUAGAGAAGAGAAGGGUUAGUGUACCUCAAACUUGACAUGGUGAAUACCAUAAUGUACAGUGCAGAUAGUGAAAAUAUCUGGGAACUGUUGUAUUUUAAGUUUUUAAUUCAGGGAUUUUUAUAUGAGUUUGUCGUUGAACGAACGGGUGAAUAAGACUACAGCUAAAAUAUUGAAUUCAAUACGAGGUUUAUACCUCGUACUAUUAUUUGUGAAAUUUUACCUCUUUUUUUAACAGAUGAUUGUUUUCUUAACAUAACUUCGUGUUUUUUUUUCAGAUUUCAAUUUGUAGGGAAUUAAGAGGAAUCUAUUUUUGUAUUUUAUGAAGAAAAAUCAUUUAUAAUUUACCUCAAAAAGAAAAACAGUACUAUAGUGAAUCUAGUUAUGCUGACCUAAUUUUCUCAGGGCCAGAACGAAAAAAUGCUAUUUUAGCAGGAAAAUUAACCUCAACUUCUGUGUCAUAUAAUUUAUUAUUUUGUAGC